UGUGGAGGCUUCAACAAAAGGAGGCUGGAGUGUGUUUGGGAGUGUAGGGACGCUCUUUACGUACGUCUUCAAAACGAUUGUGGAAAUGAGUCAUCGCUGUGCACGAGGGAAUACUUGUGUGUGUGUGUGUACGUGUGCGUGUUUGGGGUGCUCUUCCUGUCUGGGAGGAGAGACGACACUGUUUUUAAUAGGGAAAAGAGCGCAGGGCUGUUUGUUCCACGCAAAAUCAGGAGAGAAUGACGUGAGGCAAAAGUUUGCAGUGGAUUUGGAAGGAAACACCACAGUUUUGUCAUUAACUUCUCAUCUGUUGGACCAUCUGAGGAACCUCAGGAGCGUUUCUGUGGGGAAGACAGGUUUACCACAGACUGCUUGUGAUCUCUGUGAUAGCCUGGACAGAUGGUGGAGCCGAGGGCUGCAUGGGUCCAGUGGUCAUGCCCCCAGGGAAGAAGGCCGAGGGCCCCAGCAGUGGGAGCGUUGCGCGGGGUCUGAGUCAGCUCUACCAGGACACGGAGGCAGCUGACCUCUCCCUGGCCCUGUCUGCCUCCCUCAGCCGGGCCGAGGACGAGGAGCUUACCAGCCUCAGCUGGCUGCACGAGAGCACGGAUCUUCUGACCAGCCUGGGCCACUCGGGCCUGCGUAGCGUCAGCCCCCUGCAGGAUGCUAACGGCGGCCGCGAGCCCUCCUCCUCGCCGUCGUCCUCCCCGGAGCCCAGCGAGCCGCCCUACCACCUGUCCACGGGUCCCAGCCGCAAACCUCCCUACUCCUUCAGCUGCCUCAUCUUCAUGGCAAUAGAGGACGCUCCCUCCAAGCGACUUCCUGUCAAAGACAUCUACGGCUGGAUACUGGAGCACUUCCCCUACUUCGCUAGCGCCCCCACGGGCUGGAAGAAUUCAGUGCGUCAUAACCUGUCGCUAAACAAAUGCUUCAAGAAGGUGGAUAAGGAUCGCAGUCAGAGCAUAGGAAAGGGUUCACUCUGGUCUAUUGAUCCGGACUACAGACACAAUCUGAUUCAGGCGCUAAAGAAGACUCCAUAUCAUCCGUAUUCCCCUCGGCUUCCAAAACCUUCUACCUCCCCAUCUGCCUCUCCUCAGCAAUACCACAGUCCUCCACUAUGGCCAGGGAGUCCACUCUUCAGAAAAAAUGGAGGAGUGCUCUUACAAGUUCCACAGAGAGUGAUACAGCAUAGCUCACGUGUUGCUGCUCAGGGGCUCUUUCCAGUUAUCAGACCCCUUCCUUUGAGUCCUGUGAGCAAGAGGACCACAGCCGUGAGAUCAGCCCUGGGCGACUAUCUGACACGGGGUAAAAACAGCCUGCGCAGUGACUCUCCUCCACCCAGCGAUGAUCAGCAGGAGGACCACACGUACAGCAGCUCGCAGUCCCUAAAUACAAAAGGGGACAUUUCUUCCUCCCUCUCCUCCUGCUCCACUCAGGGUUCCCUCUCUGCCUACAGCCCCGGUCAGGAGGUGACGGUCACUGAGGUCAAGGAGGAGCAAAAAGACUUUCCGCUGGACGCCACGCCACCUCCUUCCCAGCUGCUCCAGCGCAGAAGACUGCUGUGGACCAAAGGUCACCUACGGACCCCCGGCGACACGCUUCCCCUGAAGAAGAGACGGGCGGAAAAGCUCCUGGUAAAAGAAGAGGAAGACGAGGAGAUGAAGGAGGCGGCGGGGUCGUUGCUUCACCUGGCAGGCGUGCGCACCGGCGUGAAUAAAAACGCUCAGCGUACGUGUAAGAAGGAGCUGAAAGAGGAAGCCAAUGAUUAGCAAUGAACGAAAAAAUCCCGUUAACACAGAUCUAAAUACUUCUGUUCCAGGAUAUCAGGUGAAUUCUAGUCAGUUGUUGCAAUAUCAAUAAAAUCACUGUUGUCCCUUGUUAAAUUUGAUUUCCCGGGUGAAAGAGUCUCAUGUUCAUGUUGUUUUGUGUGCGUGUGUGAAUGUAAGUGUGUGUGUGUGUGUGAAGAGGGAAAAAAGCCAUAGGUAAAUUUGGGUCAUUUGAGUGAAAAAUGUAAUGUUCGUUUCCUUUAAUUCAUCAAGCCUACCGAACAAUUGAAAAGAAUUAAUUAUGUUGUAGCAAUCCUUCUAGUUCACAUCAGAAAGCUGAACGGAGAGAUUUUCUAUGCUGCUCUCAAGUGUGCCAAAGAUAUGAAACCUGUUGAUGAAAGUGCAGCUAAUACAUGCACACUUAGUAAGACCAAGAAUAGUUUCAAAAAGUAGUGAUACCAACCUUUAUUACAAAAAAAAAACAUCAGAUGAAUAUCUGGGUCAACGACAUGACACUCGCUUGUCUUGGUCUGGGUUUAUUGAAUGAUUUAUACGACGAGUAUACAACGAGUUGAAUACACCUUUUCUAUGUUCUGCAUGUUUUUAAUUUCUGAAUUCAUUUCUGAGGCAUGUCAGUUUGAUACAACUGUCCUCAUUCCAAGUAGUAUGGCAUUAUCUUUUAUUUUAUAUAUAUAUUGGUAACACCACAAUAAGGUGUCAUUUGUUAACAUGAGUUACUGUAUUAACUAACACGAAUGAACAAUGAACAAUACAUUUAUUACACUAUUCUUUUUUUUUUUUUUUAAUAUUAGUUAAAAAAUACAGUCCAUAAUUGUUUUUGUUUAUGUUAGUUCACAGUGCAUAUUUGUAUUGUGAUUUUAACAAUGCAUUAGUAAAUGCUGAAAGUAGCAUUAAGAUUAAUAAAUGCUGUAGAAGUGUUUAUUCUUAGUUCAUGUUAACUAAUGAACUUUUUUGUGAAGUGUUACCAAUAUUUUAUUAAAUGAAUAACAUUAUAUUAAAUAUUUUAACAUGGAUCAUUAAUAUUUUACAUUUUUGGUGACUGCUAAAUCAAAGUCAUGUCAUGAAAAAAAAAAAAAACUUGCAAACUCUUACGAUUGUGUCAGUCUUAAAAUAGACAGUUUGCCAAUUUCUGACAAAAUUUAUCAAUUAAAAAAAAAUCAUUAUAUAUAUAUAUAUAUAUAUAUAUAUAUAUAUAUAUUAAUUAACUAGGGGUGGGUGAUAUGUCUUAUAUUACAAUAUGAGUAAUUAUAUUCCAUGGUAAUGAUAUACGUCACAAUAUAGUUAUUUUUGCUUAAAUAAGGUCUUUAUGAUAUCAAAAUUUUUGAUACCAUCUAAAUUUAUUAAUUCUUGUCACCAGUUUCAAUAUCAAAUAAAUACUAGCCUAAAUCAAACUAAUACUAGCCUAAAUUUAAAGAAAAAAAAACACUUAAGGUCACUGAAUAAAAGAAAACAGUCAGCAAUUACAUGAAUCAGAAACUAAUUACACACACACACAAAAAAAAACCUACAGUAGAACAAAUAAAUAAGAAGUGCUACAUAUAUUGCAUAAAGUAAUCAAUUGCACAAAAACACUGCAUAUUAUUCACUGUGUAAAUUAAAUAUAUAUUACUUUUUAGUGAGAGAUUUCCUCUCUUUUGAUUAACAUGAAUGACAGACAGCAGGAAUAUUCGACUGCUGUCACUUUAAACCGCCCAGAUUCAAUAUACAGUUACACACGUGUUGUCUUUCUCAGCUGUUUGCUUUCACUUAAAACCUAAAUUACUGUGUUCACAAAGAUACUUGCAAAAACGGGCAUUUUAACACAUACAAGGUGUGUAUUUAACCAUUCAAGGCAUAUAAAGCAGCAAAAAUAACUUGUUCAAUACUCCCGCGGUCAGUAACACCGUCUUAACGUUUUCUAACAGCACAUGCAUAUAGUGAAAUGAGUUCUCUUUUACUGCCAAAUAGCUUUCAACGGCUUAAAUUCAAGUGUUUUUAAAUCGCAAUGCUUAAAAAUGCAUGCAAACAAUAAUUUUAGUGACCACGUAGCACGGCGACCGAGCUAGAAACGAGUGAAAAAUCUCUAUCGGUUAAUAAAUUUCUACCGGUUAAUGGUGUCUGUUAGUAUAUCACCCACCCCUAUGAUUAAGAUGUAUUUAAGGUGUAAGGAAAAUAUAUAAUUUGUAUAAUAAAGACUUUUCAAGACUAUACAAUGGCGUAAACAAACACAAAAGGUGUAUUUGUACUUAAAGGAGUAGUUCACUUCUAGAACAAAAAUUACAGAUACUCACCCCAUUGUCAUCCAAGAUGUUCAUCAUGUCUUUUUUUUUCUUCAGUUGUGAAGAAGUUAUGUUUUUUGAGGAAAUCAUUUCAGGAAUUAUCUCCAUAUAGUGGACUUCUAUGUUGCCUGCGAGUUUGAACUUUUAAAAAUGCAGUUUAAAUGUGGCUUCAAAGAGCUCUAGACAAUUUUAGAACUUAAAUUAAAACAUUUUCUCCUCCAACUUCAAAAUCGUUCUAAAUUGCUGCAGAAGUACUGACCCAGUGUUUACAAAGUGAACGUGCAAAGAAGGUCAAAUGCCCUUUACAAAAAGGUGAAACGGUGAUGUAGGACGAUUUUGAAGUUGGAAGAGAAAAUGAGAUGGGAGUUUUUGGACAUACCCUAACUGUCUUGAACGAGCAUGCAUACACAUGACAGAGUUAGACAAGAUGAGCAUUUAAGGUUAAAUUAGAUUUGGUUUUUUUUGGUUUUUUUAAGAAAAUGACAGAUCGUUUCGCUAGCUCAGACACUUUUUUCUCAGCUGGGAUCAUUUAGAGUCCUUCAAAGCCUCAUUGAAACUGCAUUUUGGAAGUUCAAACUCACAGGCACCUUAGAAGUCCACUAUUUGGAGAGAAAUCCAGAAAUGUUUUCCUCAAAAAACAUAAUUUCUUCACGGCUGAAGAUAGAAAGAAACGAACAUCUUGCAUGACAACAGGGUGAGUGCAUUAUCUGUAAAUUUUUGAACAUGCAUUGUUAUAUGUCAUUGACCCAUUUAUUUAUUAAGCAGCAAUUUGUUUUUGUAUAAAAUGGCCUGUGUCCAGUGGAUAACAAAUGUAAGGGUCAAAUGCAAUAUGCCAAUUCUCUCUAUGAUGCCUGGUGUUGAAAUCAUUUCUGGUGUUAGUUCUUCUUUGAAGCACACUAAAACUAAUCUUUUAUGAAGCAAUGUGUCAAAAAUGCCUAUUGUGUUGCCAAAAUGUUGGUGUUUUUUUAAAAUUCAUUUGUAUUAUUAUUUUUUUUAAUCUUCAUCACAAUCCAAGCAAUUUGUCCUGUCAGGAUAACACUGUAAAAAGUUAUUCCCUUUUUUCCACAGAAGGCAGUUUUUGCCUGUUUUUCAGUUAUAUUGCAUGGGUGCUUGUACAUAAGAAAGAAGUAUUUUCUUUUCUAAACGAAAGAUCAUGUAAGAUAGAUAUUUAGCAUGAGGCAUGGCUUAUUUUCUUACGAGAAAACAGAAAGAGGCGUCUCUUAAAGCGUAGGUUUCUUUCUUUACUCUUUUUGUUUUUUUAAAACUGUAUCUCUCUUCUGCGGCAGAUAACUCUUCCAAAGGAAGAGACUUCACGGAAACCCAUUAAUGAACAGAUCUGCCUUGUAUUGAAUAUCAGGUGAAACUGAUUUUGCCUUUUUCGUGGUCCUCGGUUUGGUGGUCCUUUUUCAAUUCAUUGAUGUAAGUGUUCAAAUGUUGUUAAUAAUCAGUGUUGGAUGACCUAUCACUCUGUACACCCUUUAAGGUUGUGCCUGCCUUUAGUUCAUGUGCUUGGAUGUCUGUUCUGUUCUUUUUGUAAUGGUUCGAUACUCUGUCAUCUUCAUUGUGCAAUCUGCAGCAUUGAUAUCAUAAAUUGUACUGAAAUAGUUUGACAAGGAAUUAGAAUUGGCUUUAGGAUAAUCCCUUAUUAGCGCGAUCGACCUUGGCUUGUCUGUUUCCUUUAUAUUUUGCUUCCAACUUGAACUUCAUCUGUGAAACUGAAUGUCCAAGUCUGCUACAGUGAUCUUAAAAGGAAUAGUUCACCCCAAAUUAAAAACGUAGACGACUUGCUCACCAAUGGAUCUUAUGCGGCGAAUGGGUGCCGUCGGAAUGAGAGUCCAAACAGCUGAUAAAAACAUCACAGUAAUCCACAAGCAACCCAAUUUGUGAAGCGAAACAUCCAUCAUUUAGACUUUUGUAAGUUUUUGAUCUGUGCAUAUUUCUCUCCUGAUUCAGACGAGAUGACUUUUACUGAAGAAAGCAGUAUUACGGAUAGAGGAUUUGUCUGAAAAUGCCCUAAUGAUGGAUUUGAUUUUACAAACACACAACUUUUAACUUUACAAGAUGUUAAUUGGUGAACUGGAGUGGUGUGGAUUGUUUUCAUCAGCUGUUUGGACUCUCAAUCCGACGGCACCCAUUCACUGCAGAAGAUCCAUUGGUGAGCAAGUGAGCAAACAAACUGAUUUACAUCUCACAUGGCCUGAGGGUGAGCAAACGGUCAUUUUGGGGUGAACUGUUCCUUUAACGUUGUUCUGUUUGCUGGCUGCUAGAGUGGACAUCUUUCAGCGUCAUACAUAUAUUUGCUACACAGCAUCUAUCACGAUGUUUACACUUCACUUCCGCUUUACGUAUGAAUCGCUUUCUGAAUGUUAUGUGUCCCCGGGGGAGCGGAGCACAGAUAUAUCACAUUUUCAGCUCGAUAUUUCAGCACUUUUUAAAAUAGUAAAACAGGACUAUUUGUCUUCGGCAGGGGGUCUAGUGAUGGAGCGGCACUGCAAGUGUGAGUACGAUGUAAAAUAGGAGACGUGCGGUGGGACGCCCCUACUUUAUUUGAUCUGCAUAUAGGCAAUAAGCUGCUGCUAUGCUGUUUUGCUUUAAAUUGAUGCCAGUCCCAUAAUAUGCCAUUUCUUUUUGUGUACCAAAAAUCUGAUUUGUUUUAAUGGCUAAGAUUCAUACAAGUCCAUGUAAGACAAAAGGGGGAGAAAAAUAUGCAUGAAUUAUUUAUUGGAAACUCUCACUGCCUCUGAAAUUAUAUGUGAAAUAAUAUAAGGGUUUUGUCAAUGUUGUUGAUGUUGUUUGUUUUUGCCAAAUCUGUUUUCGUCCUUGUACGUACGUAAGUCACUAGUGGUCUGGUAUGAUUUUUAGAGCACAAUGGAAUCAUGAUGAAUAUGUAUUUGACCAGGUCUAUUUUCAAUACACUCAGAUGCCAAUGCUGUACGAGUAUAAAGCUGUCUAUUUCCUUGGUGUGCAAUCAUAUUGCCAAAGAACAAGAUCAAACUAUUUCAUCAAUACAUGUAAAUAACCACAUUGUCUAUAUGACAAUAAAUGUCACAUCAUGUUGUUACUUUUCCACAUACUUCUCCUGAAACUUAAAAUAAUGUUUAUGUAAUGUAUUGUCUUCCAGUUGCAAUAAUAAAAAAUAUAAGAGUUUUAAA